AUGAUGCGCCUCAAUGGAUGUGGAUCGGAGGGCAUCGCUUGUCAGUGUGGUGAUGUAUCACCUCAAUUCCAGUGUUGCGACUGUUUUGGAAUUCAAAUGUUCUGCCAUGCAUGCAUGCUAUGCAACCACACUUAUCUCCCUUUGCAUAGGAUCAAGAUGUGGAAUGGGUCUUUUUUUCAAUGCAUCGUGCUCAAAAGCCUCGGAGUUCGCAUCCAACUUGGCCAUAACCCUGGAGAAAAGUGUUACAAUCCUAUUCCCUCUGCUGGUGAUGACUUUGUCGUCAUUGGACUUGAUGGUGUUCAUGAGAUCGCACUGGACUUCUGUGGCUGUGCUUCAGCUCAGGUCUGGUACAAACAGUUACUACGCACGCGGUGGUACCUGGCAACCAUCUCAGAGCCUCGAACUGCAGCAACAUUCUCAGUUCUGCAGCAUUUUCACCUUCUAUCCUUCGAGAGCAAAGUGUCAGUGUAUGAGUUUUAUCAUUCGCUUGCAAGACGUACCGACAAUUCUGGCUUAUCAAAGAUCAGGGAUCGCUACUCUUCUUUUAUGCGGAUGGUAUGCCAAUGGCACAAUCUCAAGCAACUUGGCCGUGCAGGAAGGGGACACGAUCCUGCUGGAGUGGACGCUACAGGCGAAGGGGAGCUAGCAUAUGCGUUAUUUGUGGCAAUCGACGCGAAUUUCAGGCUGAAGCGAAAGGCAGUGUCCUCUGACACUGCCGAUCCUAGCCUCAAUGUUGGAUGGGGAUAUUUUGUGCGGGACAGUGCAUACAAGUCUUAUCUUGCGGACCAUGCCACAGAAAAGCAAGAACGAAGUACGUGUGUGAGCCACAAUGCAGUCAACGCAGCAGACACGAAAUCCUCUCGUGGACUAGCAGCCACUGGCGUUGGGACAAUCGACUGUGCAAGACACGACAUGAAACUUCCGAAUGGCAUUGGGGACCUCCAGAAGGGGGAGCGAUACAUUAACAUGGAUUAUAUUGUAUGUUCUGCACUCCUCGCACUCGCUGUCUCCAUGAUCAACAUAUCCUAUGACAUUGCCUGUCAGUGGCACAAGAAACUAUGGAGUCGAAUGGAAACAAUGCCUGAACAGCUUCACCUUCCCAGUGAAUCCUCCCUUAUCCGCUUCUUUGUGCCGAAGUUCCACAUCCAAGCACACAUCAAUAAGUGUCGCAUGAACUUCUCUUUCAACUGGUCAAGAUAUGUCGGCCAAACAGAUGGUGAAGCACCCGAACGUGGCUGGGCAAAUAUCAACCGCGUAGCAUCAAGCACAAAAGAGAUGGGACUGGGGACACGUCGAGACACUCUCGACGAUCAUUUCGGAGAUUGGAACUGGAAAAAUUCUGACAUAGACUUAGGGCGAACAUUACUGAAGAAGAUGGUUGAAGCUGUGAAGUGGGCGAGAGAGCAUUCUGAAGCUCUCGCGGAGCUGGAGAAGACCAUCCAGCCAGCUCUCAUUGCUCAAUGGAAGGCAGAAGUCGAAGCCUGGGAGGAGGACAACUCUUCUCCCAAUCCCUUUGAAAGUCGGUUUGCUCACACAGUAGCAGUCACACAGGCGGCCGUAAGAUUGGAACUCGCCAAGCUCGAAGCUCAGGACCUUCAAGCUGGAAUUAAUGUCUCACUUCACACUGACAUUUCCCCGAGCGGAUUGAUUACUUCGGGCAUGGAUCUCGAAGAUCAACAGUACCAGAAGGCAACCCUGCAGACUCAAAUCACCUCCCUCCAGCGACGGCUCAAUGCCUGGGUUCGCGUCCAGGAGUUGUACAUGCCAGUGGUUUGUCAACUCCGUCAUCAAUCAUCUGAAGCUAGUGCGAGGAUGGAGGAACUGAAGCCCCAAGACUUUGAACUCUGGCUCCCAUCACAACUCCCAAUUGACACGCCUACGGACCAGAGGCUUGCUGGGCACAAGUGGGACUUACGCUAUGCACAGGCUCUUGAUGCCCUCAAUGACGUUUGCUCGCACCUGCGCCUUCAAUCCCACAUGUACAAGUACAAGGAUAAGAACAUUCACGGUCAAGCGGGUUCUACCCGUGCAAAAAAAAUCAUUGACACUGUAGAGUCAAGGAAACAAGCUAGCGUUCUCAAGUAUAGACGGGCGCGGAACGCCCUGUUGUUCCUUAGCAGCCGUCUUGAGAAGUGCGGGUGGGAGAUGAUUGUGCACCCGCUUUUGGAUUCUGAUGUCAAACCUAUGGGCGACAUGGAGCGGCAAGGGACAGGAACUAUAUCCUGGAUUUGGUUGGACUCACGUGCUGACAACAGCUGUACAGAGAACGAAUGGGUGCAGGAUUGUGAGUAUAUCUUUGUCGAACUCACUCGUAUCUCAUUAUAUGUUUGGAUAGGUGUCCGCUUGGAGUGGUGCAAGGCUCGUGCUCGUGCGCACCGGUGGUCGGAGGAGGUGGAGCUAUUGCUGGAGGAGAUGAGAUGUGUGAUAGUGUUUUUGAAAUGGCAAGCAGCCUGGUGGAAGGAGCGCGAGACUCUCCGAACGGUUGACUCAGUGCCCACACAAGAAGGACUGACAGCGUAUGUGUGUCGCCAGUCUGCAUUGCGUGGGUCAUUGAUUGCCUCAUUUCAAAACUUAUGGAGUGGGGUCCCUGCAUUGGUCUCUGACGGCGUGGAUAUGAUGGAGAGCAGAGAGGCAGACGCCCCUACCAUUGAUUGA